AUGAGGCUCCGUAGGACCCUAAAACCCAUUCUGUUGGUUGCAGCUGCACCUUCUGCUUUCAAUAGUUUUGGGAAAAUUGGUACCAUAUGUCAUCUUCAUACUUAUACAAAAAUGACUAAUAUUGAUGAUGCCCUACUUUCAUUCAAUACCAUGCUUCACAUCAACCCCUUACCUUCCAUAGUUGAGUUUAAUAAAUUGUUAUCUGCACUUGUCAGAAUGAAACAUUUUCAGGCCGUGCUUUCUCUUUGUAAGCGAUUGGAAUUGGCAGGACUUCCGUUUAAUGCUUACACUAUUAACAUAGUGAUGAAUUGCUUCUGUCAUUUGCAUCGUGUCGAUUUUGGAUUCGCCAUGCUAGGAAAAAUCUUCAAACUCGGAUUUCGGCUUGACGUGAUUAUGUUUAAUCCCUUACUCAAUGGCCUUUGUUUACAAGGUAAAAUUGCCCAAGCUGUCGAGUUGUUUGAUGAUAUAGAAGCCAAGGGUUAUCAACUUGAUGUUUAUGCCUAUUCUUCUGUUGCUAAUUCCUUAUGUAAAAUUGGAAAAUCCAGUGCUGCAAUUAGUUUACUUCAAAGAAUGAGAGAAAAAGGUUGUCAGCCAAAUGUUGUGACCUAUAAUACAAUUAUCGACGGGCUUUGCAGGGAGGGUUUCAUUACCACGGCUAAAAACCUUGUAUUAGAGAUGAAGAGAGAAAAUAUAUUGGCUGAUGUUGUAACUUACAGCUCUUUAAUUCGUUGUCUUUUCAAUUUAGGCCAAUGCAAGGAAGCUUUAGCUUUACAUAAUGAAAUGUUUGAUUGGAAAAUCAAGCCAGAUGUAGUCAUUUUCAAUGUAUUGGUCGAUGGUUUGUGUAAAGAAGGGAUGGUUUUAGAGGCUCGUGAUAUAGUUGAAACAAUGACGCAGAGGGAGAUAGAGCCGAAUGUGGUCACUUACAAUUCAUUAAUAGGUGGAUAUUGUCAGCAGAAUCAAUUAAGUGAGGCUAGAAAAGUAUUUGACAUUAUGGUAAGCAAGGGUUGCACUCCUAAUAUUGUGACUUACAACAUUUUGAUUAAACUGUACUGCAAGAACAAAACGAUGGAUGAUCCUGACUAUGACAAAGACCGAAAGAAGGGAGGUGGCGGAUUGAUAACUCCUGCCAAGCAUAUUUGCAAUAUGACUCUUUUUACGCUUUUCGCAGACUUAUAUCCCUCCGCCGAUGCUAUACUAGGACAAACAUCAAACUCCACGGCUGGUAAUGGGGUAGAUUUUGUUCCAAAGAAGAGAAAGACAGAUGGCCAAUCUAUUAUUGAUGGUGUUGCAAAGGAGGGUCCAACUACUGGUGAGCAGAAGAAGAAAAAAACUGAUCAUGAAGAGACUUUGGUGCCAAAUGGUGGCAAAAGAAACCAUAAAGCUGGCAAAAAUGCUGCGGAAAAUGCUGAUGCAGGAAAAAAGAAGACGAAGAAGCGAAAAAAAUUCCGAACAAGCCGAAGAAGAAUCCGAAAUGCCAAGCAAGAAGAAAGAAAAGAAGAAGAGAAAAAGUGA